AUGUCAAUGACGCCAGAUCAGUCUAAGAAAGUUGGAUUAGGGAUGAUGGCAGCAUCUCCAACUCCAUUUCUGACACCGAGACCUGAGCGACGACGACCGGAUUCGAAAGGCUCUGAUCGGAGCUCUCACCGUCAGGAUAAGGAUAGAGAAACUAAUGUGCAAGUUUUGCUUCGAUGCAGGCCAUUAAGUGAUGAAGAACAAAAGAGUAAUGUUCCUAAAGUUGUGUCAUGUAAUGAAAACAAAAGGGAAGUGAUUGUAAUGCAGAAUAUAGCUAACAAGCAGGUAGAUCGAGUUUUCAAUUUCGACAAGGUUUUUGGACCUAAAGCACAACAGAGGUCGAUAUACGACCAAGCCAUUUCCCCAAUUGUCAACGAAGUUCUUGAUGGUUUCAACUGCACCGUCUUUGCUUAUGGACAGACUGGUACGGGUAAAACUUAUACAAUGGAGGGCGGGAUGAGAAAUAAGGGUGGUGAUUUAACCGCUGAGGCUGGUGUUAUUCCGAGGGCAGUUCGUCAAAUUUUUGAUAUUUUGGAAGCACAGAAUGCUGACUACAGCAUGAAAGUCACAUUCCUUGAGCUUUAUAAUGAAGAAAUAACUGAUCUAUUGUCCCCAGAAGACAAUUCUCCUAGGCCUAUAGAAGAAAGAAUCAAGAAACCUGUAGCCCUUAUGGAAGAUGGAAAAGGUUGCGUGAUGUUAAGAGGCCUUGAAGAAGAGUCAGUAUAUAGUGUGAAUGAAAUUUAUACUCUGUUGGAGCGAGGAGCAUCAAAGAGGCGCACUGCAGAGACAUUGCUUAACAAGAGAAGCAGCCGUUCUCAUUCAGUGUUCACCAUUACUGUCUAUGUGAAAGAAACUGUGAUUGGAGACGAGGAGUUGAUUAAGUGUGGCAAGCUUAAUCUUGUUGAUUUGGCUGGAUCAGAAAAUAUAUUGCGUUCUGGAGCACGUGAGGGCCGUGCUAGAGAAGCAGGGGAGAUAAACAAGAGCUUACUCACCCUUGGGCGUGUGAUAAAUGCCCUUGUAGAACAUUCUGCCCAUGUGCCUUACAGAGACAGUAAGCUUACAAGGAUUUUGCGAGACUCCUUAGGAGGGAAAACUAAAACGUGCAUAAUUGCUACUAUUAGCCCAUCUGCUUAUUGCUUGGAAGAAACACUAAGUACCCUAGAUUAUGCUAGUAGAGCAAAAAGCAUAAAGAAUAAGCCCGAGGCAAACCAAAAAGUUUCAAAGGCUGUUUUGUUGAAGGACUUGUACAUUGAGAUUGAGAGAAUGAAAGAAGAUGUUCGAGCAGCAAGGGAAAAGAAUGGUGUAUAUAUUUCCCAUGAAAGAUUUGCCAUGGAAGAAGCUGAAAAGAAGGAAAGGAAUGAGAAGAUAGAGCAAUUAGAGAAUGACCUCAACCUUAGUCAGAAACAAGUGGACAAAUUCCGGGAGCUCUAUUUGACAGAGCAGGAACAGAAACUGGAUUUAGAAAACCAGCUUAAGGAUUGCAAGGUGAAUUUGGAAAAAACUAGCAACGACUUGCAUGAUCUUCAAGAGAAUUACAAGCUAGUUGUUUCAAAGUUGAAGGAGAAAGAGUGCACCAUUUCCAAGCUACUGAAAUCAGAAAACUCCUUGAUUGAGCGUGCAAAGGAAAUGUCUACAGAUCUUCAAAAUGCAUUAGAUGAUAUUAAUUUACUGUCCUCAACGUUGGAUCACAAAGAAAGAAUGGAGGCAGAAAACCAAAAAAUAAUCUUGAAUUUCUCAUCCCUCUUAAAUGGGAGCUUAAAAGAUUUGCAUGCGACCAUUAUAGGAUCUGUUUCUCAACAACAGAAACAACUUAAAUGCAUGGAAGAUCACGUUUCCUCUCAUCUUGCCAGUAAAAGUGAUGCUGCACAAGCCCUGGAAUCAAGGAUCAAGAAUAUGACAGAAAUUUAUACUUCAGGAGUAGGAACCCUGAAGGAGCUAGCAAAUACAUUGCAUACAAAGGCUUCUUCUGAUAUGGAACAGAUUCAAAAUAAAGUUUCAUCACAGACAUUGGCUGUUGAGAAUUUUCUUGCCACCGCGGUUCUUGAAGCUAAUGAUGUGAUCGAUAACAUCCAUGAUUCUCUUGAUGAACAAAAACAGCUAGUAGCAUUCUCCGUUAAACAACAAGAGGAGGGAUUACAACAAAGUACAAUUCUGGCGCACACAGUUUCAGAGGCAACAGUAAAAUUCUUCAAUGACAUUAAUAUGCACUCUUCAAGAGUAAUGAAAAUUGUUGAAGAAACUCAAAAUGAGAGGUCCCACCAAUUGACUAAUUUUGAGAUGAAGUUCAGGGAAGAGGCUGCGAGAGAUGAGGAAGAGGCCUUAGAGAAAAUUUCAGCAAUUUUGUCAAACUUGACAUCUAAGAGAACUGUUAUGGUCUCAGAGGCGUCAAGAAAUAUGCAGGAUGCAAAUGUGCAACAGUCUAAGAGAUUGCAGUUAGAGAUGUUGAACAUGCAGCAAGUUUCUAAAGAUGCUACCAAGGAAGUUAAUGAAUACGUAGAGAACGCAAAUAGCCAAUUUGUGAAACAAAUAAUAUCAGUAAACAACUUUCAAGCUACAAUGGAGGAUUGUCUCCGGGAUUGUUCAAAUACAGUGAACUGUUCCAGGAAGCAGUGGGAAAGUGCUCACUUGUCCUUCAACAAUUUUCACAAGAAUAAUCUUGCAGAGAUAGAAUCUACAGUGAAGAAAAACAUCUCGACAAACCAUGCUCUGGAUCAAAAUUUUGUGGCUGCAUCAUUAUCUAUGGAUUCAGAUUAUGGUGCAGGAACGCGUAACCUUCUGGAAAAUGUGAAUGGUGCACUGAUGCUGGACCAUGAGAAUAAGAAGGAAAUUGAUUCUAUGACUGCUCAGUGGUUGAAACAGCUUAAUUCAUUACAAGAUAGGCAUGGUGGAAAUAUAUCAGAUAUCCAUAGCCAAGCUGAAAAAUCCCUUGUUAAAGAUUACCUGGUUGACAAGCAUGCAAGUUCAACAUCUCACAAAAGAAUUGUGUCAGUCCCUAGCCUUGAAUCCAUUGAGGAGAUGAGGACACAAAUAAGUGAAGACAGUUCGACAGAUAACCGAUUAAAAUGGGCCCAUUUCGAUAGCAAAAUUCCGCAUCCAGCUGAAAAUCGAACUCCUUUUGCAGAGGUGAAUUGA